CACCCAACAUGUAACUAGCACACGCGUGGCUCCUCCCUGUGGGCCCCGUCCCCUAACAGUCUGCUACCCCAACAUCUCAGAACAAGUUUCUGCGGGGACCCCUAGGGAUACACAAAAACUUUCUAGGGACCACAUGAGCAGACUUUUGAGAGAAUCCACUUACAGACCCUCAAGGCUGUGUUUUUCUUUCCUAAAAUGGACCUGCUUGAGAAAAAGUCUCUUGUUCUUCCUCCCUGCCUCCCCUUCAGGAAGGAAAAUGUCUGUCUUCCCUAUUCUGAGUUUACCUUUGGUGCCCUGCCCUGGGGUGGGAAAGCCUCCCGGGUGCCAGACAGAGGGGACCCCACAGAUGCUUGGCUUCUGCGGGGGAGGCCGUGCAAACCAGGCAGAGAGAACGACACAGAAACUUGGGAUGUCUCCUCCAGGCCACAAGCCCAUGGCAAAGUGUCAAGCCUUAUCUGGCUGUCCUGCUGGUGUGACAGGCUACUAUUUAUCUACGAUUUAGAAUUCAGAAGUGAGAUGUUGUCUCACGGAUGGGUGUCAACACAUUCAUUUCAAUUAGAAAAAAUGAAGCCAACGUUUUAACAUCUUUCUUACAGGCAGGCAGUCCGAUUUGUUGGAUUGAUUUGGCAAAUAAGGACUGGUUUUACUUGUUAGAGCAAAUGUCCGUAGAUGGCAGACAUUUCCCAUCAAUUGAAUGAAUGUGAUCUGCAGCCCCAAGUAUUUGGAUGAAGAUGUAGUUAAAAAAUACAAUAAUGAUGGAAAUCACAUCCUUUGCAACUAUUUAAACUUACGAUGAAAACGUUUUAAAUGUCGGCCGAAAACACGUGAAGGGUACAUGGGUUGAUAAGCUUCUUUCUUAAAGCACUGGGGCAAAGAGCCUGCAGACCUCUGCUUUAGACCACGUGUCUUUUCCAACCGCUCUUGUCUCGAGGCGGAGGCCAGCAGCGGCUGCUGACCUUCGAGGAGCCAAAGUGAGACCCUCUGGGCUCAAUCCCCACAACCUUCUAGAUUAAACAGAUAAUGGUGGUUGAGUCACGAUCUGCCUUCCCUGGUCCUCACCUUGGUGAGCAGGAUUAUUACUACAAGGCCUCCAUAAGUGAGCUGCAUGGAGAGAGAAGCGUGUGCACGUGUGUGCAAGUGUGUCCCGGGGCUGUGCACGGUGUGUGAAGCAGCCCAGAGAGGUGUGUGGGGGGUGCCAGGGGAUGGAGGCCUGCCGACCAGGCUCUCUCUCUCCAGUGACCUCCCGGGUGGCGGUGAAAUGGCCCCAAACCCCACCCUGCUGUUUGUCCACAGGGCUCAGAGUGGAAGAAGGCCCUGUCUCAAGUGCCCCUGUUAUAUCAGCUCAUUUACCCUUCACAACAACCCCACAGGGCAGGGAUUAUUAUUAUUAUUAUUGUGCCCAUUUCCCCCAUGACAAACCUGGGGCACAGAGAGGCUAUGGGCUUGCUGAAGGUCACACAGCUGGGAUUCGAAUCCGGGCAGCCAUGUGUAGAGUCCUUCUCUUCACGCCCUGCUCCUUCAUUCCUUCCCCUUUGUCUCCGAAGUCAUCUGAAUCUGGAGCUGCCAGGAGCAGAGGAGUGCACCAGCAUGAGUGUGCCUUCCCCCUGGGGGCAGGCUUCUCCAUCUCAGGGCAUCUGCGGGGUGAAGUUGUUUAUAUCCUAUAAGGGAUCCCUGCCCCAAAUCUCAUAAAAGGAUUAGAAGAUGUAGGGAAAUAUUUUUAUAACCUUGGGGUAGAGAAGAUAUGCCUUAAGAAGACAAGAAACAAUCCUGGCAGGAGGAAGAUUGAUACAUUUGAGUACAAGAAAGCUAAACUCUUUUGUAUGAUGGUGGUUUAAACUAUAAACGCAGUUAGUAACAACAAUGAAUAACAUUUAUGAGGCAUUUACAUAAAGGUAGGCACUGCCUUUUAUAUGCUUUAUUUCAUUUAAAAUCUCCAUAACCUUCUGUGGGAGGCACAAUUACUGUCUCAUAUCAUUGAUUCGAGGGGAACAGAAGAGUUAAGGAAUUUGCUCAACGUCACACAGCUAGGUAGUCUUUGGUUCAGGAUGUGAGCCCAGGUAGUUUAGCCCCAGAAUUUGCAUUGUAAAUCCUUAAAACAAAUAUAAAGGACUGGGAGACAUGAUUUGCAAACCACAGGGAGCCCCAUAGAAAAAUGGGCAGAGGACGUGAGCACAGGAAGCUGCUCAGACUCACUGGACAUAAGGACGAUGCAGAUUAAAACAUCAGCGAGACACCGUCUGCUUUUCAACCGUUAAAUGAACAAAAACAAUAUGAUUGAUCCUAUCAAAUGUCAGCAAGGGAGCAUGAACUUCUGUGCCUGUGUAAAUGGAUACAGCCUUUUUGGAGGCCUAUUUUGGCAGUAGCUAUUAAAAUUCUAAAUACCACUGACACCAAAGACCAUUCUCUGUGGAGUAUUAGGUCGAACCAUAUUAAAUUGCCGUUUUUUUGUAGGUCAAAACUGGCCUAAUUUCUGCAACUGCAUAUGGCUCAGCCUAAUACUAGAGCAGGUCGGGGAGAGUGGGAGGGGCUGGGAGGGGCUGGAACCUGAGCUGGGACGAGUCUGGACGCUCAUUAGGCUCGGGCCAUGUCAAUCAUCUGCGCUCAGCGAAUGGAGGCCCAGGUGUGGGGCGGGGCCUCCGGUGGAGGCGGGUCCAGGCCGCCUCGCUCCACCUGCGGAGGGCGGAGGCGGUUUGGAGCGGCGAGGGUACCUAUGCGCAGGGCAGAGUCGUGCAAAAGCGUGGCCGUUUCUUUGUCCUCGCAGAGCAGCAAACGUGUUCACUAAUCCAGUCGCCAAUUCAGAAGGGUUUACUUUAAAAAGUGGUACAAAUACAACCGACAGUGUCAGGGGAAUGGUCUACCUACUUCGGAAAACCAGGGCUUUUCCAGCCUCCGGGAACGACCGCUCCUUCUAGACCCUGCUGGUCCGCAGAGCAGGCCCGGGCAGACCUCCCUCGCCUCCCGCCACCCCGCCCCCAGCAGGGGUGUGAGAGCAAAGUCAGACCAGCCCCGCCGGGCGCGAGGAGGGGGGGGAGUUGUGCAAAGACAGGGUCCUGGUGGGGAGCACUGGGGGCCCCCUGUGCUGCUCCAGGACAGGCUCCACCUUCACUUGGGGCUCAGCCUCCCAGGCGCUUGGGGGGCUGCUCGGAGGGGUGCACGGUGAGCAAGCCCAGCCCCUCAGCUCCUCCUCCAGUGCCCCUGACUCUGGGCGUUGGGUUAUGUGUUAGGCGGGGAUGGGGGCUUCACCGUAUCCUUUCCUCCUCCUGGCCCCCACCCACUGCCGCUGCCAGCUUGUGGCAUCUGAGCCAGGUCCCUUCUGGGGGCCUGCGGGCCCGUCCGCCUAUCCGCCACAGUGGGGGACGCAUGUGACCCCUGCCUGUGCCCCCAGUCUUCAUCUGCAGCCUGCUGCUGUCUGCACCUGUGUUCGGCUACCUGGGCGACCGGCAUGGCCGCAAAGCCACUCUGAGUGUUGGGAUCCUGCUCUGGUCGGGGGCAGGCCUCUCCAGCUCCUUCAUCUCGCCCCAGGGUGCCUUCCAGGGCCUAGAGAGCGCACCUCCUUGGAUUCUCUCAACGGGACCCUUCCUCUCCUGCACCUCCCACUGCUGCCUGUGACCGCUUCUGUCUGGGGAACCCGCCUGCCUGGCAAAGCAUUCCUGGCUCUUCUUCCUGUCCCGGGGAGUCGUGGGCAUAGGCUCGGCCAGCUACUCCACCAUCGCGCCCACCGUCCUGGACGACCUCUUUGUGAGGGACCAGCGGACCCGAGUGCUGGCCAUCUUCUACAUCUUCAUCCCUAUUGGAAGGUCAUGCCUUGCCUGGAAGCCGUGGCCUUGAUCCUGCUUAUCGCGCUGGUUCCAGACCCGCCUCGGGGAGCUGCUGAGAAGCAGGAAGAGGUGGCCGUGGGGGACCCGAGGAGCAGCUGGUGUGAGGAUGUCAGGUACCUGGGGAGAAACUGGAGUUUUGUGUGGUCGACCCUUGGGGUGACCGCCAUAGCCUUUGUGACUGGAGUGCUGGGCUUCUGGGCCCCCAGGUUUCUGCUCGAGGCCCAUGUAGUGCAUGGGCUGCAGCUUCCCUGCCUCCAGGAUCUGUGCAACAACCAAGACAGCCUGAUUUUUGGGAUUCUGACUGUGGUGACUGGCAUCAUUGGGGUGGUCCUGGGAGCAGAGGCUUCAAGGAGGUACAAGAAGGUCAACCCGCGGGCUGAGCCCCUCAUCUGUGCCUGUAGCCUGCUUAUUGCUGCCCCCUGCCUCUACCUGGCUCUCAUCCUGGCCCCGGUCACUCUCCUGGCCUCCUAUGGCGGACCAGGCCAACCAGGCCACAGCGUGGCCACGCCAGCCACAGGCUCACGCCUCCCAGCCUCUGCCAAGGACGCCCUUCCCUCCUGGGCAUCUGAAUCCUUCUGCUUCUGCAAGGCCCAGUGCAAAGGCUUCUUCUCCAAGAGCCUUUCCAGACCAUUCUGUGCUCAUGCUUGGGCUCCGGCACCGUGGCGUAUGGGGGGGCUGUGUGCACCCCCCCACGUGCCCAGCAGUGUCCCUGGCUCCCCACACCCCAGCCCCAAUGGUCCCACCCAAGGGGAAGGGACCCGUGAUUCUGCCCCUGCCAGACGGAUUCCCCUCCCCCUCCCAUGCCGCCCCAAGGUCCUGGGGUCCCCCGUCACGGAUACAGAUGCCCCUGAGCAGGCUGGACUCAGAAGGCAAAUCGCUAACGGCUUUACUAGUCUCCUACCCACGACCAGACCCCACAGAUCUUCAGUUACGCUCGUGAACUAAAGAAGCCUGGUCCCAUUUCAACCCAGCCUUUGGUUCUGCUUCCCAGUACUCUCCGUCCAGGCCCAGAACAUGGCACCGGGGCAAGAGGGAGCUGCGGUUGGUUUGGUCCCGCUCGGCCCACCUCCGCUCUGUUCCCAGGGUGGCCCUCCCCUCCAGGCUGGGCGAGGGCAGCCCGAGGUGGGGCAGGAUUCUCUGAGUCCAGAGUCGCUUUGCUGUGGCCCAGACUCUGGCUGGCUCUGCGCUCGGGGGCGCUUUGUGGGUUUAGGAGCUCUGGUAUUUGCAUCGUCCGAUUCUUGGUGCAGGUGACCCUGUCGCCUCCAUGGCACGGCUUCCCUCUGCUCGGCUCCGCGGUGGCCCCUCCGGCUCUUCCUGCCCGGACCCUGUCACCGGUCCCCUCUCGUGACCCUCGGGCCCUCCCCGUCCGUGGCGUCUGUCAGACCCCUGCGUGUGCUCAGGAUGGGCCUCGGCCCUCUUGUCCUCGCGAUCCCGGGUGAUGUUCUGGGGUGCCCCCGCGGUGCCCUCUGGCGCGGGAAGGUCAGCAUGUCGCUGACAUCCUCAGUCUGGGGGUGGGCCGCCCGGAGCCCCUCCCCAGCGUCCGCACUCUUCAAAUGAACCCUCCGCAACCUUCCCUCUACAUGCCGGGGUGGGGGCGCUUCUCUCCUGGGGCCUGAGGGCGGGGCCGGUGCGUCUCUCGUGUGUCCAGCCGUGGGUGGGCUCCUGCCGAAAUCCCUGGAGAGCAGACAGGCCCUGCUGGCUUGCGUUCUGCGCGUGCUCCUACGUAGCCCUCACGGCACCCUCGCGGGGAAGGGCUUCUCACCCCCACUUACAGAUCGGAAGACUGAGGCCCAGAGACAGCAACACAGACAGUGGGACAGACGAAACGGAGAGUCAGCCCACAGACGCCGUACUGACCCUGUCGCCCCUGGGGGAGGAGCAGAGCCCGGUGUACACUAGGCACUAAUAAGAGCCGGGGUUCCCGCUGACAUCCUGGCGGAGGGAGCGGAAGACGGAGAGGGGGCUGUGUGGGCCCGACCUUGCGGGCAGAUGGAGGCCCAUCACGGGCCUGUCCCUGCAUCGGCUGGGGCCGUGGACCCCUGCCAGCCCUGCUUCUGCCACGGUCUUGGUUGGCUCUGGGAGGCGG